ACAGCUGGAUGGCGCUGGGGCUGAUGGGACGGGGAAGGCUGCCUCUUCCAAAGCAACGGGGGGGGGGGAGAAGGAAAUUUUCCUCAGGUUGGCUGCUGUGAAUGAGGGGCUCCUUCUCUGCCCCCAGGCCUGCCUAGGGUGAUGCCCCUGCGGAUGUCUGAGGGCCAGGCGCCCUGGCUCUGAGGCAGCGAGAUGCCUCGUUGUAGCCCCAAACGCCCAAGGAAAAGGCUGUGCUCGGGCGAGGCGGAGAUGAGGCGGAGCCCUCGGGGCCCCGUGAGCCCCUGUGGGAGUCCUUGCGGGUGACGGUGACGGGUGCGGAGGGGCCACGCUUGGUGCAGCGGCUUUGGACCGAGGCAGCGGAGUCGCGCGCUGCAGUUCGCCUCUGAUGCUGCUGGAGGCAGCAAACCCGCGCGGGUGGCGCGCCGAGGAGCGGCCGCGGAGCUCCUGCCGGUGGAGCUUUGCAAAGGAGGAGGGCCAAGGGGGCUUUUGCUUCCCUGUCUUGGCGGCACCGGGGCGCUGACAGCCUAUCUGCCUGCCUCUCGGUUUAAAGCGUCUUCUGCAUUUUGAUCUAAACACGUCUAAAGUUAUGCCCGGUUAGGUCAUGUAACACCAUAUCUUGGUUGGUUGGUUGGUUGGUUGGUUGGUUUGCAAUUGCUGUUGAACAUGUGAGACUGACAAAAUGUUGUUGUUUAGAUGUGUUAGUCAUUUGUUACCCAAAAGGCUCCAAGUGACUUACACCUUCUGGGCACCAUGAAAGUGGUCGGUAGCCACAACAUUGCUGACUGGGGUAAACAGCAUCUUUAGCCUCCCUGGGCCUUCUUUACCUGGAGAACUGCAGCCUGCGGAGGAGCCAGAAGGUGGAGUCCGUCAGCCCAGCCCUGCCCAGAAGAGCAAUGGUGAGAGUCCUUAUUACACACAGAGCAAAGCCAAAGUCACGUCGUUCAGGACAUGUGCAGAGUUCCAGCUGGACUGAUCUUCCUGGUAAUAUUUGGAUGCCGUGGAUUCCCUGGGCUGAUGUUCUCCUGGAACCCCCGAUAUGUGGCACAGCAGAUCCCCAGGAGGAGUCUGGACUCCAACCACACCAGGGAAGGAGAAAAAGCCACCUGAUCCGGAGCCAAAAUACAACUCACUGCCUGUUGGUGGAGCAGAGAAGAGGCAUUGGGCCUUCUCUGUUGGGCCUGAAGAGGGUAAUGAACCUUCAGCACAUGCUCAUGGAUCUCCUGCAGCAGAUCUAGCUUGGUCCAGAACCUCAAGAGCAGGAAAGACCACCUUUUCAGGCCAUGUAUUCAACAAACCGUGGGACGGUGGGGGGAUUCUUCUUAGCUGGGCGAAGCAUGGCGUGGUGGCCGAUCGGCGCCUCUCUGUUUGCCAGCAACAUUGGCAGCGGACACUUUGUGGGCCUGGCCGGGACGGGCGCUGCUAGCGGGAUUGCGAUUGGAGGCUUUGAGUGGAAUGCUCUGGUGAUGGUGGUAAUUCUUGGCUGGCUGUUUGUUCCCAUCUACAUCAAGGCUGGAGUGGUGACCAUGCCAGAGUACUUGCGGAAGCGCUUUGGCGGGAAGCGGAUGCAGAUCUACCUCUCCAUCCUGUCUCUCUUCCUUUACAUCUUCACCAAGAUCUCAGCAGAUAUAUUUUCUGGAGCAAUCUUCAUCCAACAAGCCAUGGGGCUGAAUAUUUACGUGGCUAUCAUCAUCCUGCUCACCAUUACAGCCCUUUACACCAUCACAGGAGGACUUGCGGCCGUCAUCUACACGGACACGUUGCAAACCUUCAUCAUGCUGGUGGGAUCCAUCAUCCUGACCGCCUUUGCAUUUCAAGAAGUGGGAGGAUAUGACGAGUUCAUCAACAGAUACAUGAAAGCAAUCCCGUCAAUUGUCUCUGAUGAGAACACCACUUACCCUGAAAGAUGCUACAUGCCCCGCCCAGAUGCCUUCCAGAUAUUCCGGGAUCCCAUUAAUGGUGACCUGCCCUGGCCUGGACUCAUCUUCGGAUUAAGUAUCCUGGCUUUGUGGUACUGGUGCACAGACCAGGUGAUUGUCCAGCGAUGCCUCUCGGGCAAGACCAUGUCCCACGUCAAGGGUGGCUGCAUCUUGUGUGGUUAUUUGAAGCUGCUGCCUAUGUUCCUGAUGGUGAUGCCAGGCAUGAUCAGUCGAAUUCUGUACACAGAUGAAGUGGCUUGUGUUGUUCCUGUGGAGUGUAUGAAAGCAUGUGGCACAGAAGUUGGCUGUUCAAACAUUGCCUACCCAAUGAUGGUGGUGAAGCUCAUGCCGCAAGGACUGCGGGGCUUGAUGCUGUCAGUCAUGCUGGCCUCCCUGAUGAGCUCCCUCACCUCCAUCUUCAACAGCGCCAGCACCCUCUUCACGAUGGACAUCUACACCAAGAUACGGAAGGGGGCCAAAGAGCGAGAACUCAUGAUCGUGGGCAGGUUGUUCAUGUUAGCUUUGAUUGGCGUCAGCAUUGCCUGGGUCCCGAUAGUGCAGUCAGCGCAAAGCGGGCAGCUUUUCGACUACAUCCAGUCCAUCACCAGCUACUUGGGACCACCAAUUGCAGCUGUCUUUUUCCUCGCCAUUUUCUGCAAGAGGGUGAAUGAACAGGGGGCCUUCUGGAGCCUGGUUAUCGGACUGGUGAUUGGACUGUCUCGAAUGAUUGCAGAGUUUGCCUACGGAACCGGCAGCUGCGCGAAGCCCAGUGACUGCCCGGCUAUCAUAUGUAAAGUCCACUACCUUUACUUUGCUAUGAUCCUUUUUGCCAUUUCCAUCAUCAUCAUUUUGUCCAUCUCGUUCCUGACCAAGCCCAUCGAUGAAGUACAUCUCUAUCGCCUCUGCUGGACUCUGCGCAACAGCAAGGAGAAGCGCAUUGAUCUUGAUGCCGAUGAGAGUGAGACGGAAGAGCCGACCGACAAGGAAGAAACUACCCCAGACGAGGAGGGGGGUUGCUGCAUGAAGGCCUACAACUGGUUCUGUGGCUUGGACAGCAAAGAAGGCCCCAAGAUGAGCAAAGAGGAGGAAGAGGCCAUGCGGCAGAAAUUAUUGGACACAGGGGAACACCCCUGUUGGAAGCGGGUGGUCAACACCAAUGCCAUCAUCCUCUUGGCUGUGGCGGUCUUCUGUCACGGCUUUUUUGCAUAGACUUGUGGUGCAGGUGGCUCCCCCCCUUUUCCCUUUGAGUGAAGGUCUCCUCCCUCACUGAAAUUGCUUUAUGAAACCAUAAUCUGUACUUUAGGUCCUUAUCAGGCCUGUAACUUAUUUGUGCCAAUCACGUUGAUUAAUGCAGUUUAAUCAAAUGAGUUAAUUGGUGGGUGCAAAGUGGGGUGGUGGUGCUGCAGUCGCCUAUCUGUCCUGAGGACGUUCCGUCAUCUUGGAGACGGCCUCUCCUCCUCCCAAGGGGAAAAUGCUCCGCAGCUCAGAGACAAUGGAAACAAGGCGUGAGAGACUAAGAGAACCACAUCAGCGAUGCUCAGGGUUUCCUGAACUGUUCUUGAACUCUAUUUUCACAAAGUGUGAUCUUUUUUUUUAAAAAAAGCAGCUUUUCUAUGUUGUUUAAAAUGUUAUGUUUUUCCACAAUUGAUUAUUUGUAAAUUAGUUAA